AUGGCCGAAAACGAGGAAACCGACGAAGAGUUCACUGACGCUGAAGACACGGAUGCGGUGGAGACUGAAGCAACAGUGGACACUGAUGCUCCGGGGGAUGAAGCAACCGAAACCGAGGAUGAAACACAAAAACGAACAGGAGGAGAUGACGAAGGCACCCCGCGAGUAGAGAAGAAAACAUCGGUAAAAGUUAAGAAGAAAAUCGGGGGAAAGAAACGGAAAUUUUCCAUGGAGAGAUGCACGAAGAAAAGGUGGACUUGCGACGACAAGGCUCUGUGGCGUAUUUACAUGAACACGUUCGUGGAGGAUCAGGAACAGUUGGAGAAAGACGACAUAUUCAAACAAAGAAAACCGGCCAAUCUGCGAAAAUUUCCGCGCGUUCAAUCGGAAGACGAUUUAUCUGCUCCUCACAGAUGCCUGCCUCUCUCCGCUUUCCAGUUUCGCGAUCAGUUGGCCCUGCCCGAUAAACGGGAUCGCUCGAAAAUGAUCCGAAUUUGGAGGAAUAUGAGAUCCAACCCGCCGGUACACGCGACCAAGUCAGACACGGAAGUGACACCUCGCGUUUCGAAGACCGACAGCCAGAAAUGGCCAGGUAUGUGGCCGUGCACGCAGCGCGAUUUGAUUAGGGAACUCGAGGAACGUCGACGUCAGAGGAGGGCUCAGAGGAAGGAUUUGUUCCCGUGCGAUCCAGACGACGAGGACGUCUCCGUCGAUCCCAACAAGGACUUUUCCGAUCGCAAGGAAUUAGGUCACGCCAGAAUACCGCAAGUGUGCCCCUUACCCACCAAAGAGACGCUAGUCGAUCGGGCUGCUGGCGAACAGGCCGGCUUAGUCGACGGUGAUUACAUCAUUUUCGAGUUACCCUCCAAAGCGAGGGGUAACAGGGUCUACGCCGAUGUAUGUCUUCGUGGUCUGAAGGGUAUGCACUUGCCGGAACUGGGACUGUUACGACAGCGUCAAAGCACGUGGAAGUUCUGCUUUUAUCAAGCUGUCGUUGCGCUUUUGGCCAAGACACAGCUGAGAUACAAGUACGCAUGGAGCGCGAACAUCGAUUACAUCUACGAGCACGCGUGGAUGCUGUACACCCACAUCGGUACGAUCAACGUGAAGAAGAAGCAGAGGCUGGACGACAUCGUCGUGUACAAUUACAAAUACAGCAUCGAGGUGGAGCUGAUCAGAGAAUUGAACGACGUUCCCAUCGUGACAGGCGUCGGCUGGGAUUUCGAGGAGGACAACUUGAGGCGAAAAAUGCAAUUGGAACGAAAGGAGUUGAUGAACGUUCGAUUGGAGAUCGGCUCGGAGAAGAUCACCGACCAGCAAAGGGCGCCCGUUCACAGAGGCACGAAGAAGAUCGAGGAUUGGUUCGACAAGCUGAAAAUACGUUAUCGCAACUGCAUACUCCGCACGACGAGAUUCUGCCUGGCGUUCUGGAGAGACAAUACCUUCUGGUACCUGUACAAUCCGUAUCGAUGCGACGAGUUCGGUUACUGGGACGACACGGGUCGCGCUUGCAUCUUAAAAUUCUGCUCGAGGAACUCGCUCAGACGCCACCUGAUGAUACUCUUGUUGAGAGCGUACGUGCACGCCAUCCCGAAGUCGGACAUGCAGAGAGCUAAGGAGGCUGCGCCUAAACCUCCGGAGCCGGUGUUGUUCGGGGAAGAUGCGCCCAAGUUGCCAGAGCCAGUCGAGGAAGUAUCGUGGGAGGAGGAGUUCUAUACGAUCCAGAUAUACCACGUCACGCAUCACUGUUGCCAGAUCCACAAUUUGAAGCUUUUGCAACGAAGCGCGCCCAAGCCACCGCGACGCCUAGCGAAGAGGAAGACGAUCGACGACUGUCCGUUCGAUCCUCUGGACGUUCGGGAUCCGUGCACGAUCGAGCAAGAGGAGGGAGACGCGAAAGACGCGAUCGAGAAACCGAUAUGGCUGAAACUGUACAAGAUCAUUUGGGCCAAGUGCAUGGCCGCCACUCAGAAGAAGAAGAGCGCGAAGGAGGCUGGCACCGGUAAAAUGCGAUGGCAUCAGUACGUCGUGGAGGAAUCGAACAAACUGUUCUCUCUGUGGGGAGAGCUGCACAUCAGUGACGGGAUGUUCGAACGGGAGAACCGAGGGAUGCAGACAUACGCUUGUUACGUGGUCUGCGCGGGCAUGACCAGGAUCAUGGCGCCGGAGUACUGGAGCUCGAAGACCCUCGACGUGAUCGUCAUGUGCGGUGACAGAUACUACACCCACAGCAAGCUGGAAGCGGAGUUCAAGUCGACCAAGAACGAGUACAGUCACGUGAACUGUUGGAACAGAUACCUGAUGAGCCACUUCAAGAUAGGCGAGACGAUAUUCGAGGCAAAGGUUCUGCCAGCGAUCUGCGGAAGACUGUACUCCAAAUCUAACAGAUACCUCUGGCAAGCGCUGGAACAGAUGUUCCUCAAGUAUCACUUCGGCAUACUCACGUGCGAGAGCUCGUGCCUGGGCGUGUUCAAGUUUUGCGGAGCUUAUUACAUGUGCGACGUGAACUCCUUUGGACCGCCACUGUUUACGUACGGCGAAGGCGCGGCGUAUUUACUCCGAGCCACGUACUUCUACAAAUUCAUGACGGUUCUGGUGCUCACGGUUGGUUCGCCCGAGUGCAGCCAGUUCGCCGUGAAUCCCAUCGAAAUUUUAAAGGUCGUCGAGGUAGGACCCACCGCCCUUCCAAUCGGGAGAUUCGAGAAAAAGAGGGACAAGAGGAUCACCAAAGUGGAGUGUCCCUACGACGAGGAGAAGAAGAAACAGAUGAAGAAAUGGAAGCACAGGAGACAGGAAACCACGCGGACGAUUGAUAAGAUGUGUUGCAAGGGUGCUGAAUGAUAUGUCAGUUUCUUUCUUUCGUUAGAAAACCUUGGAUCUUUGUGAGUAUAGUAGAUCGAGUUCGUUGAUUUCGUUGAGUCAGUACUGUUUGUGAUAUGAUUUAUUCGUAAUCGUAUUUUGUAACUACGAAUCAUGUAAUUUGUAGCUUUUUAAGGGGAGAUGUAAUUAGAAGGAUAAAAGACAAUUAAUUUGUGUCAUAUUUUU